AAAUAAUCUUGGUAGAAAUCGAAGUAAGAACAAGAAGAAUGGCGUCCUACAUGGAGCAAAUGCGAAAGUAUUUCCAAAGUAAUAACAGAAUACGCGACAAUCAAGCCCACACCGCAAAAGUUCAUUCUGUAGCAUGGAGCUGUGAUGGAAGAAAACUGGCUUCUGGAUCCUUUGACAAAUGUGUCUGCAUAUUCACACUGGAGCGGGAUCGUUUGAACAGAGAUCACAUGUUCCGUGGUCAUGGUGACACUGUAGAUCAGCUGUGUUGGCACCCAAAGAGUCCAGAUCAGCUCGUAACAGCAAGUGGAGAUAAAACUGUCCGAAUCUGGGACACAAGAUUAAAUAAAUCAGCAGCAAUUAUUAAUACCAAAGGUGAAAACAUCAACAUCUGCUGGUCCCCAGAUGGGUCCACUAUAGCUGUAGGGAACAAGGUAGACUUGGUCACGUUUAUUGAUGCUAGGACUCAUCGCUCAAAAGUCGAAGAACAGUUCAAGUCUGAAGUGAAUGAAAUUUCCUGGAACAACGAAGGAGAUUUGUUUUUUCUCACCAGUGGACAGGGCAGCAUUCACAUACUCAGCUAUCCUGAGUUAAAAAUGCAACAUGUGUUGAAUGCACACCCUGCAGCAUGUAUCUGCAUCAAGUUUGAUCCGACGGGCAAAUAUUUUGCAACAGGAAGUGCUGACGCCCUUGUUUCUCUGUGGGACUCGACUGAGCUCGUCUGUGUGAGAACCUUUGCCAGGUUAGACUGGCCAGUACGAGCGCUAAGUUUUAGUUUUGAUGGGAAAAUGUUAGCAUCAGCUUCUGAAGACACAUUCAUAGACAUAUCAGAGGUGGAUACAGGUGAAAAGAUCACAGAAAUUCUCAACGAAUCUUCCUUCACUUGCGCCUGGCACCCAAAGCGCCACCUGUUGGCAUACGCCUGUGAUGAUAAACUAGAUCGCGACAGGGACUCGGGGGUUGUCAAAGUGUAUGGCUUUCCCUCCGACCCUUGAAACCCAGACCUGGAUAGAGGGUGAAAUUCUCUUGAGGCCGAGUGAUGGCCGAAGACCAGUUUAAAGAUGAGGAAGUUGAUGACGUGGAUUUAUUGAUAGCGAUGAGUAAUACUGUACAGUAUACAGAUGGGAAAAACAUCUCACUGAUGUAAAAGAAUGAAGCCAUUGUCUAUAGUGAAGACUGUCAGGAGUUGGGAGGACAAGAUAGCUUGUUCACAUGGGUUACAAACUGAAAGGAGAAAAACACUAUUGUUACAUUUUCGUAUUUGUGAAAUUAAUAAAUAUUCACAUUUUUA